AUGAACGUUUCGGUGAACCAAAACAUCGACAUGAAACCGUCGAAGAAGUCUAAAGUAUUUUGUUGUGUAACUUAUUGUUUUUUUCUGAAUUUCCCAGGUGACGGCUUCAAACUGGCAUCGUCGGGCUCAGGUAGCCCGGCGCCUCCGCCGGUGCAAUGGCGUGUGCGGAGAAAGCCAGGUAAUUUCUUCGCAAUCGGAAAUGUCAAUCGAUUCCCUCCAUGUCUACAGUUGCGGAGCAUAGAGGAGCCCGGGGUUGGCGCGGGCGGAGUGAUGCCCGCGCCAACCUGCUACGACGCGGAGUGCGCACGGACUGAGGCCUGGCUCGAUGAAAACCAGGACUUUGUCCAUGACUAUUUUUUGAGGUAA